AUGUCAAUGUCAAAGCGACAGUUGUGAUAAAAAUAAAAAUGCCAGCUGCGUUUGCGGAGAUAAUUGAUGAUAUUGAAGAUUUAAUAUCUUCACAGGAUAUCACACCUAAAGAAAGAUAUGCGAGUAGAAAAAAUGUGAACAUACGAUCCAAACGGCGGGAAACCAAAGAAGCGCCUGUCGAAAAAGUUGUCUUAGAAAGUGUUGUCCCAGGCACACAAACAAUAUACGUAAAGACAUGGGGCUGCGCCCACAACAGUUCAGACUCAGAGUACAUGGCGGGGCUCCUCGCCGCACAUGGCUACAAACUUACUGAAGACAAGUGGCAGGCACAGUUGUGGUUGUUAAACUCGUGCACUGUUAAGAAUCCCGCUGAGGACCACUUUAAAAACGAAAUCGAGCUCGGUCAGAGCCGCGGUAUCCACGUGGUGGUGGCGGGCUGCGUGCCGCAGGGCGCGCCGCGGGCGGAGUACCUGCGGGGACACAGUGUUGUGGGCGUGCAGCAGAUUGAUCGCAUCGUGGAGGUUGUUGAGGAGACGCUUAAAGGUCACACAGUCCGUCUAUUCGGUGCUAAAAAGACUACCGAAGGCCGGAAAGCGGGAGGGGCUUCCCUCCUCCUACCAAAAGUACGAAAGAACCCUCUAAUAGAGAUCAUACCAAUUAACACGGGUUGUCUGAACCAGUGCACGUAUUGUAAGACGAAACAUGCGAGGGGUGAACUGGGCAGUUACCCUCCAGAGGAAAUUGUGGAGCGAGCGAUACAGUCUUUUAAAGAGGGGGUCGUGGAAAUAUGGCUGACUAGUGAGGAUACAGGCACAUACGGCAGAGACAUAGGCACAUCUCUCCCGGAGUUACUCUGGAAGUUAGUAGAAGUGAUUCCGGCUGGUUGUCGCUUACGGCUGGGUAUGACGAACCCACCUUACAUACUGGAGCAUCUACAGCAGGUGGCUAGUAUUAUGCACCACCCGAGGGUAUAUAAAUUUCUACACGUUCCCGUACAGUCGGGAAGCGAUCAAGUGCUGGCCGAUAUGAAGAGAGAAUACACGAGAGCGGAUUUUGAAAAAGUUGUCGAUUUCUUAAGGGAAAAAGUGCCCGGUAUGACAAUAGCUACAGACAUAAUCUGCGGCUUUCCAACGGAAACGGAGAAAGAUUUCCAAGACACGAUGGAUCUCUGCAAGAAGUAUUUGUUCCCGUCGCUGUUCAUAAAUCAAUUCUUUCCACGUCCCGGCACUCCGGCUGCUAAUAUGCAACGGGUACCUGCGCAAGAAGUGAAAAAGCGUACGAAAGCGCUCUCCGAAUUCUUCCGUUCCUACUUCCCUUAUUCAAACCGAGUCGGCGAAACAUACGAAGUCCUAGUUACAGAUGUAUCCCACGAUACUAAAUAUUUUGUAGCCCACAAUGAGUUUUACGAACAAGUUUUAGUGCCGAAAAAUAAAGCGCUUAUGGGCAAAAUGGUGACGGUUAAAAUAGUUGAAACUUCCAAGUUUUCCAUGAUAGGGGAACCAAUGGAUAAACCAAAGAUGCCCGGGUUGGUUCAACCCCUCAAAAGGGGGGAGGUCUCUGGAUUAAAAGUGGAGGGGAAGAAAAUACCGAUACCGAUUUUUGUGUUAUUUGUAGCGGUGCUUCUGAGGGUGCUGUGGAUUUUUUUGUAAAUAAUAAAUUGUUUUAUAAAGUU